AUGGCUGGAAUGUCAAAGGAGGGAGUGGUGGGUAGUCCUAGAUGGGGUUCUACAAUUAUUAUGCAAACACCAGAGGAUGUGUCCAGAGCUGUUGCUGCGGCUGCAACUUCUCCAAGGCCCUCUGUUGUAUAUUCAUCAAAAAAUGAUCACGGUGGCAGUCAACUUCAAAGGCUGCAGUAUCAAGUUACAAAAAUGAUAAAAGGACUUUCUCGCCCGUCUGAAGUUCAAUAUACUAAUUACAAUCCAGAGAUCCUGACAACUCAGAAGCGUCAAUGGGCUGCAAACAUUCAGUUACAGUACAUGGACCAUAGGUCAUUGAAGGAGCCUACGAAACUGUUUGAAAGCAUGGUGGUUGUGGGACUUCAUCCUAAUUGUGAUAUUCAGGCACUGCAAAGGCAAUAUGUCUUAAGAAAGUCUGAAGGCCCUGGUAAAUUGAGAAGUGCUCUUGGUUAUCCGAAUCAAUCCCGUGUGGAACCCAAUCUAGAACCUCAGGUCUUAUUUGUGUACCCUCCUGAAAGACAGCUGCCUCUUAAAGACAGGGAUCUUCUCUCUUUCUGCUUCCCUGGAGGCUUGGAGGUUAAUGCCGUUGAGAGAACCCCUUCCAUGAGUGAGUUGAAUGAAAUUCUUUUUGGGCAGGAACACCUCCAACAAAGGGAUCUGUCCUUUGUAUUUAGGCUACAGGGUGCUGAUAAUUCAACUCUUUAUGGGUGCUGUGUCUUAGUUGAAGAGUUAGUGCAAAAGCCCUCUGGAUUGGUCUCCCUGAUUCCAGAUAAACAGUCGACUUAUUCUUCUUUGAAACGACAUAUAUUAACCACACAAAGAUGUUACUGCAUUCUCUCAAGGCUCCCAUUCUUUGAAUUGCACUUUGGGGUAUUGAACAGCAUCUUCAUGCAAGAACGGCUAGAUCGGUUGACGAAAAACAUUGGAGAUUUAAAUUUUGAAUAUGUUAAAGGUAGCUGUGAGGAACAGAAUUUGGGGGAAGAUUCAGAGUGCUUGUUGGAGAAUGAUAAAUUAGAAGAGAGACAUGAUGACAAUGCAAUGAUUUCUAUAUCAAGCCUAAGAAAUUCCUCAGAUGAAAACAUUGAGGAUGAUAGUAAUUAUCCCAAGAAACAAAUGGUUAACGGGGAGCUGCAUACAUUUAAUGACAGAGUCAGUGAUGAUAAUGCUGUGCCUUGUGAUCCUGAAACUGAUAGAAAAACUUUAAAAGAAGAAUCUGGUCUCACAAAUGCUGUUGAUAGUGAUUUGUAUGGAGAUGCUUUUGUUUCAAACAAACAGUCAGAAGAGAGGCGAUUACCCAAUGCUAUUCUUCCACUCUUGCGCUAUUGCCAGUAUGAAAGCUCUGAAUCUUCCUGCAGUUUUCAGGGUUCUCCAUGCGAUGACAGAAAUUUUAGGAGCGACGUCGAUGAUACUGAGACAGAAGAUGCUUCAUUCUCUGGCCAAGAUGAUUUAAAUGAUCGAAAUGAUAUUCUUGAAUGGGCUAAGGCAAAUAAUUGUGGGCCAUUACAAAUUAUAAGUGAGUAUUAUUGCUUAAAUUGCCCUGUAAGAGGCUCAUCACUUAGGUUUCAUCCUUUGGAGCACCUGCAUCCCUUAGAAUAUCACAGACCAGAUGAGGCAAUUUUACAUCUUGCUGGUUCAAUUGUUGACUUGAAAUCUUUCAGUACAGGUCUGGAAUUAGCAGAGGCACAUAAUUCUCUUCUGGCUGAGGAGGAGGCAACUGCAUUAUCUAUAUGGGCUGUAGCAUGCAUAUGUGGUACGUUGAGACUUGAAAAUGUGUUAACAUUCUUUGCUGGAGCUCUACUGGAAAAGCAGAUAGUUUUUGUCUGUUCUAAUUUGCUGUACUGUGCUGUUGACCCAAUGAUGGGGAAUCCUAUCUGCAUCAGUUUUGUCAGUUAUUUCACUAAUCCGACCCUACCAAUGGCAAAGCUUGCUAAUGCCGGUUUGGUUUUACCAAAUGACAUGCUUGAGUUUCUGGAUGCACCCGUUCCUUACAUAGUUGGUAUCAAAACCAAGACCAAUGAAGUUCAGUCAAAGUUAACUAAUAAUGUUAUCAUGGUUGACGCCAACAGAAAUCAGAUUUGCUGUUGCCUUGAAAAUGGUUGGGUCAUGGCUUCUCAAGUGAAGUCAUCAACAAUACCUCAACUGCCCAGGCAGAAAGAGUUAAUCUCUUCUUUACGUCCUUAUCAUGCAACUCUUGUGGGAGAAAAUUACUUGGGUAGGAGAAGGCCAGUGUAUGAAUGCACAGAAGUGCAGGUAGAUGCUGCCAAGGGGUUCUUAUCGGUGUUAAGGUCUUAUUUGGAUUCCCUUUGCCAUAACAUUCGUUCUCAUACAAUAACCAAUGUACAAUCCAAUGACGAUAAGGUAUCCUUGCUUUUGAAGGAGAGUUUUAUCGACUCAUUUCCUUAUCGUGAUCGGCCAUUCAUGAAGGCGAUGACAACUCUCUAUCUAUUGGCAUCAGGCCAAGUCGGGUUGUUGAAGGGUUUCACCAAAAUAUUGAGAUUCAUGUGGAACCUUUACCAUGUGGCUGUGGAGUGUCUUAUACACUUAAAACAUAUGGGUGAUGUUGCUACUUGUCACCUGGAUUCCAUGAAAAUUGAUGAUGCCCUACUUGGCAUUCCCAUUGCAAGUUGGGGAAAUGAUCACUAUUCAAGAAGCAUUGAGAUUGAGAUUAGUGUAGGGUGUGUGGACCAAGUGGAAGAUGCAGAGUUUAUGGAUUUCCGUAGAUGUGUCAGAGACAAGAGCUGCCAGAGAGACAGCUUAGCUGCACAAGCAGCAGCAGCAGUAGCAUCAGACUCAGAGAGCUUGAUGAUGAAUGGAAGGAACAGGUUCCCCUUCACCCCAUCACAGUGGCAAGAGCUUGAACAUCAAGCUCUCAUAUACAAGUACAUGGCUUCAGGGAUUUCCAUUCCACCUGAUCUUCUCUUCACCAUAAAAAGGAGCUACUUUGAUUCCCCUCUGUCCUCGAGGCUUUUGCCUAACCAGCCACAGCACUUUGGAUGGAACUACCUGCAGAUGGGUUUGGGGAGAAAAAUAGACCCUGAGCCAGGUAGGUGUAGAAGAACUGAUGGCAAGAAAUGGAGGUGCUCCAAAGAGGCAUACCCAGAUUCAAAGUACUGUGAGAGGCACAUGCACAGAGGGAAAAAUCGUUCAAGAAAGCCUGUGGAAGUUUUGAAAACAACACCAACAACAAACACAAACACAAAUGCUUCGACACAACAACCAAUCUCAUCAAUCACCAAACUUAAUACUACCAAUACUCUUUCACCUCUUGCAUCAUCUGAAGCACACCAACACCACCCUCAACACUAUGGCUCCUUUCUCUAUCACCACCCUCCGUCAAGGUCCUCUGGCAUUGGCUUGUCCUUUGAAGACAACAGUGCUCCUUUGUUUCUUGACAAUGGCUCUUGCUCUCAGUCCAACACAGAUUGCAGGAGUAGGUAUCUUUAUGGAGAGAAAGAGGAGGUGGAUGAACAUGCUUUCUUCACAGAGCCAUGUGGUAUCAUGAAAACCUUUUCUGCUUCCUCUAUGGAUGAUUCUUGGCAACUCACACCAUUGACUAUGAGCUCCUCUUCUUCCGCCAAACAGAGGAGUUCCUUUGGCUUGUCCAAUGAUUACUCUUGCUUGCAACUUCAGAGCCACUCAAAGCAGCAAGAGCAACAAGAUCAGGGUGGUUGCUACAUGCUAGGUGGAGGCCAACUUGGAAAAGAAGAACCUCAGAAAACCGUUCAUCGCUUCUUUGAUGAAUGGCCCCACAAAGGAAGACAAGGAUCUUGGCUUGAUUUGGAUGACAAAUCUUCAACAACUCAACUUUCAAUUUCCAUUCCUACCUCUGCUCAUGAUUUUCCAGCCUUCAGUUCCAGAACCCACCAUGGUAAUUGCUAA